AUGACUGACAUAUUUACUGCGAAAACCGCUGUCGAACUCGGCUUAUCAGCUGGAAUACUAAUAGGCUUUAAAACCUAUAUGCCUGAACCAUUCCCGUUUGUGGUGAUAAUAAUAGUAGUGGCAUGGUUCAAAUAUCUGUAUAUCGACCGUGAAACACCCAAGCAACCCGUGUUAAAUCCAAAUGAGUGGAAAAAAUUCCCGUUGAUAGAGAAACAUAAAGUCAGUCCUAAUGUUGCUUUAUAUCGGUUUGCACUUCCGAAUCAAGAUGAUACGCUUGGACUACCUGUUGGACAGCAUAUUUCUGUGCAAGCGGAUAUUGGUGGAAAAUUAGUGCAACGAAGCUAUACGCCAACUAGCAGUGACGAUAAUCUAGGAUUCUUUGAUUUAUUAAUUAAGACAUAUCCAAACGGUCUAGUGUCAAAAUAUGUUGAUCUCUUGGAGAUCAAUCAAACACUUACUGUCAAAGGGCCAAAGGGACAAUUCAUAUAUAAAGCGGGACUGGUCAGGGCAUUUGGAAUGAUUGCAGGUGGUACUGGCAUAACACCUAUGAUUCAGAUAAUUCGGGAAAUCUUAAAACAUCCCGAAGACAAAACCUUAGUCAACUUAAUUUUCGCCAAUGUGAAUUUCGAUGAUAUUUUAUUAAAAGAUGAGUUAGAUCAACUUGCAGAACACAAUGAAAAUUUCAAGGUUUACUAUGUGCUAAAUAAUCCACCAGAAGGAUGGACCGGUGGUUGCGGAUUCGUCUCAGCCGAAAUGAUCAAAGAACAUUGUCCUCCGCCAGCCAGUGACAUCAAAAUCUUGCUUUGUGGUCCUAGUCCGAUGAUAACAGCAAUGACGAAGAUAACUGAUUCGUUGGGCUAUGAAAAACCACGUGGAAUAUCGAAACUCGAGGAUCAAGUGUUUAAGUUUUGA